CGAAGCUUAACAAUUGUUGCCUUUUGUUAUCGUUUGGUUGAAGUAGAUCCCCUCUGGUAUCACUCUCUCUUUGGGUUCUUUUCUAUGCAACCAAAGCAAAGCUCUCGAAACCUCAUUAAAUACCAUCUUUGGGGUAUAUAUUAUUUUCUUAAUUUGUUUAUACAAUUGAAGACAUAUGAUAUGAAUUUUCAUCAGCAAAGCUUUUGUUCAAGAUUUUGAUAUAUGGUCAACGUUAGCUAAUAUUUCUUAUCAAAGAAAAAAUAGUUGAUGUCCUCCUCUACUUCUUCUUCAUCUCUGAUCCAUUAUUAUUAUUAUUUUGUUCUUUUUGUACAAGAGCUCGAGGCAUUAAGGACUACUUGAUAACAUUAUUGAAAAAAUGGAAGGAGAAUCCUUUGGUUUGAUCGUUGGGAUCUCACUUGGUUUGGUGAUCGGUGUGCUGUUAGCUAUGGCAGCAUUCUUAUGCUUUAGGUACCAUAGACAGAAACCUCAGAUUCUCAACAGUGUUUCAAGCAGAAGUGCUACGCUUCCCAUCAGAGAGAAUGGACCUGAUGCUUGCAACAUCAUGUCGGAUUCGACUCUUGGUCCAGACUCACCUAUGAAAUCAUCAAGCAACGGGAGGUCUGUUUGGCUUGCUGGGUUUAGCAAGAGGAGCAAUGUGAUCUCUGCUUCUGGCAUUUUGGAAUAUUCUUACAGGUUUGGCUAAGAGUUCCUUUAUAAGUUUAUUGUCUCUUAACCAAUGAGGAUUAGAAGGGAAAUGCUGGGGAUCUAUAUAACGUUUUAGAGUGUUUAAUUACGGAUAUGAUACUUGAAUUCUUGGCAUUAUAUCUCGUUUUUGCACAUAUGUUCUUUUGUGGGUGGUUGAGUCAGGGAUUUGCAGAAAGCAACAUGCAAUUUCACGAAUUUGAUAGGCCAAGGAGCAUUUGGACCUGUCUACAAAGCUCAAAUGUCCACCGGUGAGACUGUUGCUGUCAAAGUUCUUGCCACUGAUUCUAAACAGGGCCAAAAAGAGUUCCACACAGAGGUUAUGUUAUUGGGGAGGUUACAUCACCGUAACCUAGUGAACUUGGUCGGCUAUUGCGCAGAGAAAGGACAACACAUGCUUAUAUAUGUCUACAUGAGUAAGGGAAGCUUAGCUUCUCACUUGUACAGUAAGCAACAACUUUAUUCAUCAUAAUUUAUCAAUCUGCUUGUCAGUAAAUUAAUGUAGAACUAUUUGCUAUAGAAAUGUAGUCACACACCUAUAUUAUCUAACAUGGUUUGGAAUUCACCAAUUUGAUGAACUUUCAUACACAUCUGAGAUUCACUAAAAUGUUUUCUUGAUACAGGCAAUAAAUAUGAACCGCUGAGCUGGGAUUUGAGAGUAUAUAUUGCUUUAGAUGUGGCACGCGGUCUAGAGUAUCUUCAUGAUGGGGUAAGCUAAAUUACUGAAAACCAUCCACCAUCUCUUACCACGGAUGUGGCAGCCCAGUUGGUUUAAGUGCAGGCGUUGGUGUUGUUGCGUUCCUGGGUUCGAUCCACCGUGGGAGGAGUGUCCAGAGCCUUAACCGGUACAGACGCAGGCUGGCUCCGGGCCUAGGGGGAGGGAGUAGGGCCGAAGGCCCGAACCCACCACCUGGUUAAACAAAAAAAAAAAAAAAAAAAAAAAAAAAAAAAACUUUAUAAAGCAAUGUUGUAUUCAAAAAAUUUCUAGGCUGUUCCUUGUGUAAUCCACAGAGAUAUCAAAUCUUCCAACAUUUUGUUGGAUCAGUCAAUGAGAGCUCGGGUUGCUGACUUUGGCCUGUCUAGAGAAGAAAUGGUAAACAAACAUGCAGCUAACAUCAGAGGAACUUUUGGUUACCUCGAUCCAGAGUAUAUCUCCACAAAAACAUUCACCAAGAAAAGUGAUGUUUAUGGUGUUGGGGUUUUGCUUUUUGAGCUUAUAGCUGCAAGAAACCCUCAACAAGAUCUUAUGGAAUAUGUUGAACUGGCGGCGAUGAAUGCAGAGGAAAAGGUUGGUUGGGAAGAAAUUGUGGAUUCGAGAUUAGAUGGGAGAUUUGAUUUGCAAGAAGUGAAUGAAGUUGCGGUUUUUGCAUAUAAAUGCGUCUCUCGUGCACCGAGAAAACGUCCCAACAUGAGGGAUGUUGUGCAGGUUUUGACACGUGUUGUCAAGGCGAGACAUUCAAGAAAACGUCAGAAGAAGUCUUCCUUGCUUCCACCUACGGUGGAGUCAAGUGUUGAGCAGACUGGAGAUAGAUCGGGUCUGUCGGAAAAUCAUAGGAGAGAUAAUUCCAUGGACAGUACACUUGAAGACUAGUGUCUAGUGAUGCAUUGUUGUUUGUUUAAACAAAAAGAAAAAUUUAUUUAUAAUUGUAAUAUAUUACCUUUGUAAUUGGCUUUUAUAUAUUUUGGGAGGGUGGGUUUUAGGAUGAUUUAUAGACGUAUUGUUAGGAGGAUGUUGAUGGUAACUGAAAAUAGUGGAUGGAAAAAUUAUUUUGUGUUAA